AUUAAGUUUUUUCCUCUCAUUGUGAUUUGUGCCCCAUUCUUCUCGAGUCUCUAUCACUUUCAACUCUUUGAACUGAAACAAGCUUUAUAUAGAAAAAAUCAGGAGAAUAGUUUAGAGCUCCCUCCGGAAGCAUCUAGAGAAUCCUCAAGGCUCGACGUUAAUGGCGAGGGUUCCAAGCAAGCACUCUCGCGAUCAAUUUCAGGACAUGCAGGGGCUCUUGAAUAACUUACAGGAUUGGGAACUAUCAUUGAAGGAUAAAGACAAAAAGAUGAAAUCGCAGGCUCGUGGCAAAGAGAAGUUGAGAGAAGACUGGAGCCAUACUAGUGAACUUCCUACUGGUCCUCAAGUUAAUGGGACACAACGAGUUGGAAAAUCUACCUCGAUCUCAAGUGCUGCUGGUCCAUAUGAUUAUUCUAAAAAGUACAAUCCAACUAGCCAUCUAUCAAGCGAAAUGUUUUCGGAGGAGAGUAACAUUGACGCCAAUUCAGAGAAAGAGCUGGGUAAUGAGUUCUUUAAGCAGAAAAAGUUCAAGGAAGCUAUUGAUUGCUAUUCUAGAAGCAUUGCACUUUCACCAACUGCAGUAGCUUAUGCCAAUAGAGCAAUGGCUUAUCUUAAGAUCAGAAGGUUUCAAGAGGCAGAGAACGACUGCACAGAGGCCUUGAAUCUGGAUGAUCGCUACAUUAAAGCAUAUUCUCGUCGUUCAACUGCUAGGAAAGAACUUGGAAAAUUGAAAGAAUCAAUUGAAGAUGCUGAAUUUGCCUCGAGGUUGGAACCACAGAACCAAGAAAUCAAGAAGCAGUAUGGAGAAGUUAAGGCUCUGUAUGAGAAGGAGAUUCUUAAAAGAGUAUCAGGAGUAACAGGAGUUUCUGCACAAGGGCCUCAAAAAACUGGAAAGACAAAUAAAACUGGCCCCGUGAUCCAAUCUGUAGGUAGUUCUCAAAAGGUGGCUGAAGUUCGGAAAAUUCCUGCCAAGGAAAGUAAUAGAGAUGUUUCUGGGACUGCUAUGGAAGUUGAAGAUACUCAUAUGCAGAUUAAUAGCAAAGAUUCAGAUGCUUCUGCCACCGUUCCUACCCUGAAUCCUGCAAAGAGACCUCACAAAAAUAGCAAGCAAGAACUCAAGGAAUCUGUCCAAGAGCUUGCUGCUCGAGCAGCUAGUCUUGCCAAGGCCGAAGCUGCAAAAAAUAUUGCACCACCAAAUUCAGCGUAUCAGUUUGAGGUUUCUUGGCGAGGACUUUCUGGUGACCGUAAUCUGCAAACUCAUUUAUUGAAGGUCACUUCACCUACAACGUUACCCAAAAUAUUUAAAAAUGCCUUGUCUGCUCCGAUGCUCAUGGACAUUGUAAGAUGCGUUGCCACAUUUUCCAUUGAAGAUAUGGAUUUAGCAAUUAGAUACCUGGAAAAUCUUACAAAGGUCCCAAGGUUCGACAUGAUCAUCAUGUGCCUUUCAUCCACUGAUAAAGCUGAACUUGUCAAGAUAUGGGAUGAGGUUUUCUGUAAGGGAGCCGAGGAGCACACUGCAACUCUCGGUGCACUUCGCUUGAAAUAUGGCCUAUAACAAUGAUGGAGUUCUCGCUGGUGCAGUUAAUGUGAAAAACUGACAUUCUUGUAUUACUUCAGAUCUUUGUAAUUGUGCAAAGCGAAUGUGACUAAUGUGUACGUGGAUAUAGUUUUUUUUGAAAUGAGAGCUUUCUUGUCGAAAUUCUUUGUCAGUAUCUUUAAGAUGUUUGAAGACUUGUCACAGGGAAAAUUUGAUAUUUCCAUC